UCGACUGAACCACUCUUUAUCGACCUACUACAGCACCCUCCGAAUGGAUCCAGUCCUAUAUGUCCCAACACAUAAGCAACAGCACUGGGUAGACGAAUCACGACCUACAAUUCUCCUGGGAGGUCAUUUGGACUCAACAUCCCCAUUAGCUUACUUCCGUGCUCCUGGUGCAGACGAUGAUGCUUCUGGUACCGCGGUCAUGUUACACGUGAUGAACAUUCUCUCCAAGAGUGGAUGGAUUGAGAAGAACGCACAAUACCCAAUCGAGGGUCAUGCUUACGCUGGAGAAGAAGGUGGACUCCUUGGUUCUCAAAAGAUGGCCCGAGCGUUCAAGUCUGCGGAUCGAUCUGUCCGUGGAAUUCUCAACCUAGAGAUGGUUGGAUGGCAACCAGAGUAUCAAGGGAGCAGUACCAUAACCGUACUCGACGAUCCAAAUGCCGGAAUGCAUGACUAUAUGCUGAAAGUCAUCAAAGAGUAUAUUCCCAGUGCAGACGUUAGAAGCACUACUUGUGGCUAUGGAUGUUCAGAUCACUACUCCUGGUCAUCGUUGGGCUACCCAGUAGUGUGCCUGGCAUCAUAUGGCCCGAAUGAUGAAAACCUCAACCCCAAUUAUCAUUCUACUAGCGAUACUGUUGACAAGCUCAACUUUGAGAGGAUGGCAGAUUUUGCGAGGGCAGCGUUAGCCUGGGUCAUUCAAGUUGGGAGCGAUUAA